AGGUGGCCGGGCUUAGCGUCAUAGAGCCGCAGGCCACAGACACCUCAAGGAAGCUGCUGUCGGAUAAGAUGGCGCUGCUUCGGCUUCUUGCCCUCUCGCUGCUCUUCGCAGUGGCCACUCCUAUCAGAGACAUCACCGAUGCUUGCUCGUCACAAGUAAAGGAUUUCCAGCACCUCAACAGCUCGGGGCUCCACCUGACGCUGCACCACCCGCGGAGCCCCUGCUCACCGGCGCCGCUGCCCGCCGACGUCCCCUUCUCCGCGGUGCUCACCCACGACCAUGCGCGCAUCGCGUCGCUCGCGGCGCGCCUUGCCAAGACGCCGUCGUCGCGUCCCACCAAGCUGCGGCGCGGGUCGUCGUCGUCCCCCGACGCCGAGUCCCUCGCGUCCGUGCCGCUCGGCCCGGGCACGUCCGUGGGCGUGGGCAACUACGUCACCCGCAUGGGCCUCGGCACGCCGGCCAAGUCGUACGUCAUGGUCGUGGACACGGGUUCCUCUCUCACCUGGCUGCAGUGCUCCCCCUGCCUCGUGUCGUGCCACCGCCAGUCCGGCCCCGUGUUCAACCCCAGGUCGUCCAGCUCCUACGCCUCCGUGUCCUGCUCCGCUCCGCAGUGCGACGCUCUCACCACCGCCACGCUCAACCCGUCCACCUGCUCCACCUCCAACGUCUGCAUCUACCAGGCCAGCUACGGCGACAGCUCCUUCUCCGUCGGGUACCUCAGCAAGGACACCGUGUCGUUCGGCUCCACCAGCGUGCCCAACUUCUACUACGGCUGUGGGCAGGACAACGAGGGCCUCUUCGGCCAAUCGGCGGGGCUCAUCGGCCUGGCGCGCAACAAGCUGUCGCUGCUGUACCAGCUGGCGCCGAGCAUGGGCUACUCCUUCUCCUACUGCCUCCCGACGUCGUCGUCGUCGUCCGGGUACCUGUCCAUCGGCUCCUACAACCCGGGGCAGUACUCGUACACGCCCAUGGCGAAGAGCUCGCUGGACGACUCGCUCUACUUCAUCAAGAUGACCGGGAUCACCGUCGCCGGCAAGCCGCUCUCCGUGUCGGCGUCGGCCUACUCCAGCCUGCCGACCAUCAUCGACUCCGGCACGGUGAUCACGCGCCUGCCCACGGACGUGUACUCGGCGCUCAGUAAGGCGGUGGCGGGCGCCAUGAAGGGGACGCCCCGCGCGUCGGCCUUCUCCAUCCUGGACACGUGCUUUCAGGGCCAGGCGUCGCGGCUGCGCGUGCCCCAGGUCAGCAUGGCCUUCGCCGGCGGCGCGGCGCUGAAGCUGAAGGCGACCAACCUGCUGGUGGACGUGGACAGCGCCACCACGUGCCUGGCGUUCGCGCCCGCACGGAGCGCCGCCAUCAUCGGGAACACGCAGCAGCAGACGUUCAGCGUCGUCUACGACGUCAAGAACAGCAAGAUCGGGUUCGCCGCCGGCGGCUGCAGCUGAGGCGGAGAAGCUACACGCACAGAUCGACUUAAUUGUGGUAAACUAAAACGAGCAGCGCAUCUACCGUCCGAUUUCGUCUCAACUCAUCAUUUGGAUUCGUCCACGCAAGCUCCUUAUUACGGAUUGAGCUUGCAUAUAUAUAUAUAUAUAUAUAUAUAUAUAUAUAUAUAUAUAUAUAUAUAUAUAUACAUGGUGAUGGUGGUGGAGGAGAACUGAUGAAAGAAGUGUGUUGCUCAAGCACCUAGCUAGCUUACCUUAGCUUGGUGAACAUGUGAUUAUUAUUUACCUCGUCGUUGGACAAAAACAAACACAAUAAACAUUACAGGAGUAGGGUAUUUAUUGUAUUGUUCAGGCUAGAUAUGUGAAAAGUGGGUCUUUAACUAAAUUUGGAAGACGCAUUCAUAUUCACAUAGCCAACGGAUAGCAUGCAUUCUUUGGCAAAUCCUGGUCAGAAAGUAUUUACUUGAGUUACUUUGUAUAGGAAUAAAUUAAAGGUAUGUGUAUGUUUCUGAAUUCCACCGUCCUUACAACUUCCACGGAUUUACUCCCAUUCUAUACCGUAGAAAAUAUUGUAACUGAAGAUACUUCCUAUAUGUAUCCUAGUAUGUACUUAUCGAGCAAAAGAAAUUGAUUUGCACAUUUUAAUA